UUCUCUUUUUCUACGCGUAUGCAUGCCGACUGCCAUACCAUCAAGCGUAGCCUAUUUGCCUAUUUUUUGCAUGUAAAAACUAAAAACAGAGUGCAAGGGGCAGUGAGAAGAAGAGACCAAUUCUCAACACUCUAGAAACUGAAUGUUAAUCAGCAGCAGCAGCAACCACAUAACACCACAAAAUUAUCACUCAAUAAUCAUCAAAUUAAUCAAACAAUGCAAAACAAUCUCACAGCUCCACCAACUCCAUGCUUACACCAUCACAAACACACCACUUUCUUUCCACUCUUCUCAUUCCCUUUUAACCAAAUUCCUCUACACUCUCACCACCAAAGCCAAUGCCAAAGCCAAAUCCUCCACUUCUCUACUACACUACGCAAAAUCUAUAUUCAAUUCUAUACAAAACCCAUCUACAUUUUGUUACAAUACUAUCAUUAGAGUCCACACUCUCCUGUCUCUCCCUAUCCCUGCCCUCCGUUUCUUUACUCAAAUGCGCCGUCUUUCUGUCCCUCUUGAUUCUCAUUCUUUCCCUUUUACCCUCAAAGCCUGCGCGCAGCUUGGCGGGGUUUUUUUAGCGCGUUGUCUUCAUUCUCAAGUUCUGAAAUUUGGGUUCCUGUCGGAUUUGUAUGUUAUGAAUUCUCUUAUUCAUGGUUAUAUGGUUUCUGAUAUGUCAAAUGAUGCUUGGAAGGUAUUCGAUGAAAGUCCUCAACGAGAUGUGGUUUCUUUUAAUGUGUUGAUUGAUGGGUUCGUUAAGGCUGGUGAUGUUGUGAAAGCUAAGGAGUUGUUUGAUUUAAUGCCUGUGAGGGAUUCUGUUUCUUGGAAUACGAUUAUAGCUGGGUGUGCAAAAGGAGAUUAUUGUGAGGAGGCUAUUGAAUUGUUUGAUUUUAUGGUGGAUUUAGAGAUUAGGCUUGAUAACGUUGCAUUGGUCUCAACGCUUUCUGCUUGUGCACAGCUAGGAGAACUUGAAAAGGGAAAGAAAAUUCAUGAUUAUAUUGAAAGGAACGCGAUGAAAGUGGAUACCUUUUUGUCAACUGGGUUGGUUGAUUUCUAUGCGAAAUGCGGGUGCGUUGACGUUGCUUUAAAGAUAUUUGACUCGAGUUCAGACAAAAAUCUGUUUACUUGGAAUGCAAUGCUUGUUGGCCUUGCAAUGCAUGGGUAUGGUGAGUUAUUGUUGGAGUACUUCUCGCGAAUGAUAGAGGCUGGGGUAAAACCAGAUGGGAUUAGCAUUUUAGGAGUUUCGGUAGGGUGCAGUCAUAGUGGUCUCGUAGAUGAAGCAAGGAAGCUUUUUGAUGAGAUGGAAUCUGUUUAUGGAGUCCCUCGAGAGCCAAAGCAUUACGGGUGUAUGGCUGAUUUGCUUGGGCGGGCUGGGUUGAUUAAAAAAGUGAUGGAAAUGAUACAGGAUAUGCCCAGAGGAGAUGAUAUGUCUGUGUGGAGUGGUUUGCUGGGAGGAUGUCGAAUUCACGGGGAUGUUGAGAUUGCAGAGAAAGCAGCGAAGCACUUGAUGGAGUUGAAACCCGAUGAUGGUGGGGUUUAUUCAAUUUUGGCUAAUGUUUAUGCUAAUGCAGAACGAUGGGAAGAUGUAAUGAAUAUCAGGAGAUCAUUGAGCAGUAAUAGGGUGGUAACGAAGAUUGCUGGUUUUAGCUUGAUUCAAUUGGAUGGCGUUGCACGUGAGUUUAUCGCAGGGGAUAGAUUGCAUUCUGAAAGUGAUAAGAUAUAUUUGGUUUUAAAUGGAAUAAGAGAACAUCAAAGUGAACUGAGCUAGAUGCCUGAACUUUCAGAAUUCGAACACGUACUUGCAACAUCUGCAUUAGCUGUUUUGGAAGGGAAUUUUAUAUCUGCAAAAAUGACCAUCAGCUUGUGAUACACGGAGACAGCUGGCUGUUAAGCUAGAAAUUCUUGAAUGGGAACAAAUAUGUGGGUGCUCUUACAAUUGGAUGACUUUUCUAAUCAAAACAUACAUAUGCAAUUAUCGGUGGCGUUACCCGGGACAGUCACCCUGUAAAAGAAAGACAACUGUAGUGGAAAUGCAAGUUGCGAACUUUCAAACUUCUUCCAUCAACAGUGGAAAGCCAAUUUUUUCAAGACAUUAGCUACUGUCCAAGCAACCACUUAUCUCAAUGCCAACUGACCACACAUCAUAUAAGGCAACCAAUCCUGUGGCAAGAAUGGGUAUAUAUUGUGCGGCAUAGCAGAGAAGGCAAUCUGAAGUAUGAAUAUGAUUUCAUGCCUGCUUGAUAUGUUCAAUUACUAAAGAAAAUAAAGAGCUUCAGAGCUUCCCUCCGGAAACUUGCCAAGUUGCCAUAGCGCGUUGCUCAUCUUCAGGAAAACAACUCGACUGUUUGGAAACUUGUACUGGAACCUGAAGAAUCGACGUGGCUCACCAAGGCUUGAAAUUGAAAGCUGAAACCAUACACCUCAGCUCCAAGCGGGAACAUGAGCUGCCACUUUGUCAGCACUAUGCAAUUAGGAUAACUAUCGGUUCAGCUUCUACGUAGUGUAACAUGGUUCCAGAAAAUCUUCUAGCUUCCUGUCUAUAAAUGCCAACAGGAAUCUUAGAACUACUACCAAGCAUGGCCAAGAACCCUUUCUAGGUUCUAUGAAAUAAGUAGAACUCUUCACAACACAUCUAGCUCUCCUUACAACCUAAUCAUGGCUUUUAGAUCAACUGUAAGUGAUUGCUAAUUAUCUGUUCAUUUCUUAAAGUUAUUUCCUGACUUGAUUGCUACAUUCUGCAGGUUUACUGGAAAUGGAUGACAAGUCGGUUAAGAGGAAAUGCACAUGCGACAUCAACAUCACCAGAAAGGCGGGUGCAUGCAGGACCAGCAGCUGAUUUUGGAUAUCUUGAUCUUGUUGAACAGGGGAGGAAGACGUCAGUGAAGGCUGAUUUCACAUACACCGGCGUUAAUAAUUUUACAAAUCUCACUGGGUUUAGCCUCCACAAAACAGCAGCUUCUGAAGCCACCAAAUGUUCGUGUCAUAAAGAAGUUAAGGGAAACAAUUCCUGAAGUAGUGGUCCCAGAUAAAGUGGUUGACGAGGGCAAGAAAUUCUUUGAGAAAUCCUUCUACAGGAAGGCAGCUCACGUUCAGGAGUUUGAGAUUGGUAUUCAGUACAUGCCUAAUCCCAUUUGCAAAGAUGUUUACGCUCACCCUCUCAAAGCAGAGACACUAAAAUCUGUGGGAAUAGAACCUCAGCAGCUUUGAUGCAUUAUCCUUUACCUUUUUGUAGAUUUAGGCACUUGUUUUCAAUCUUUUUUACAAACUUUUUUUCCUCUUUAUCUUAACAAAGCUCGAGGCGAAAUUUUUGUGCUCAUUGUAAAUUUCACCCUAGUUAGUGAUGAAUGCAAUGGUAUGUAGAUGAGGUUACUUUAAUGAGCUAGCUAAUAUUAAUUU